AGUAACUUCCUCCCCAUAAUUUGGAAUGUGGGUGGAGGGGGAUCAUAGUUCUCCCUGAGACUUGCCUGCUCCUCUGGCCCCUGGUCCUGUCCUGUUCUCCAGCAUGGUGUGUCUGAAGCUCCCUGGAGGUUCCUACAUGGCAGUGCUGACAGUGACACUGAUGGUGCUGAGCUCCCCACUGGCUUUGGCUGGGGACACCCGACCACGUUUCUUGAAGCAGGAUAAGUAUGAGUGUCAUUUCUUCAACGGGACGGAGCGGGUGCGGUAUCUGCACAGAGACAUCUAUAACCAAGAGGAGGACUUGCGCUUCGACAGCGACGUGGGGGAGUACCGGGCGGUGACGGAGCUGGGGCGGCCUGACGCCGAGUACUGGAACAGCCAGAAGGACGUCCUGGAAGACGAGCGGGCCUCGGUGGACACCUAUUGCAGACACAACUACGGGGUUGUGGAGAGCUUCACAGUGCAGCGGCGAGUUGAGCCUAAGGUGACUGUGUAUCCUGCAAGGACCCAGACCCUGCAGCACCACAACCUCCUGGUCUGCUCUGUGAAUGGUUUCUAUCCAGGCAGCAUUGAAGUCAGGUGGUUCCGGAACGGCCAGGAAGAGAAGGCUGGGGUGGUGUCCACAGGCCUGAUUCAGAAUGGAGACUGGACCUUCCAGAUUCUGGUGAUGCUGGAAACAGUUCCUCAGAGUGGAGAGGUUUACACCUGCCAAGUGGAGCACCCAAGCGUGACGAUCCCUCUCACAGUGGAAUGGAGAGCACGGUCUGAAUCUGCACAGAGCAAGAUGCUGAGUGGAGUCGGGGGCUUUGUGCUGGGCCUGCUCUUCCUUGGGGCCGGGCUAUUCAUCUACUUCAAGAAUCAGAAAGGGCACUCUGGACUUCACCCAACAGGACUCGUGAGCUGAAGUGCAGAUGACCACAUUCAAGGGGGAACCUUCUGCCCCAGCUUUGCAUGAUGAAAAGCUUUCCUGCUUGGCUCUUAUUCUUCCACAAGAGAGGACUUUCUCAGGCCCUGGUUGCUACCGGUUCAGCAACUCUGCAGAAAAUGUCCAUCCUUGUGGCUUCCUCAGCUCCUGCCCUUGGACUGAAGUCCCAGCAUUGAUGGCAGUGCCUCAUCUUCAACUUUAGUGCUCCCCUUGACCUAACCCUAUGGCCUCCCAUGCAUCUGUACUCCCCUGUGUGCCACAAAUGCACUACGUUAUUAAAUUUUUCUGAAGCCCAGAGUUAAAAAUCAUCUGUUCCACCUGGCUCCAAAGACAAAAAAUAAAAAGAAAAGAAAAAGGGAAGAUUAUUUCCUAAUAGCAUAA